CGGCAGUUCAUCAGUUGACACACACGCGCCGUUGGAUGUGGAUCGCUUCGCGCAACUAUUAUUGUAUCAGCUGUGUAACGUGUCUUUCGACGAUGCGCGAUUCACAAAUAUUUUACAUAUGUGUGAUAUUGCAUAACGGGUGUUCGUACGAAUCGUCAUUGUGAAUUAAAAUUUAAUUCCAUAGUGUGUGAUGAACGUGUGUUAAUACCUCGCUGUUUUUUUUACCUCGCGCGGCUGUGAUGAGUAACGGUGAGAAUAUCGUUUCCUGGUUUCUGGACGAAGUGCGGUAGUGACAUAGUAGCAAAACUUUUGGAAUAAUAUGUAUUCUAGUGCCGGUAUCAACGCGGCAGCGGUAGCCGUGGCAGCAGCUCGACAUCCGGGUCCGCCGCAGCCUGGUCAAUCGUACAAGUGCACGAUCAGCGAGUCCUGUGACAGGAUCAAGGAGGAAUUCAAUUUCUUGCAAACGCAAUAUCACGCGUUGAAGCUAGAGUGCGAGAAACUGGCCACCGAGAAGAUCGAGAUUCAGCGACACUACGUGAUGUAUUACGAGAUGUCGUACGGCCUGAAUGUCGAGAUGCACAAGCAUGUGAGUCUGAAUAUGGAGAUAUCAAAGAGACUGAACGGUCUUAUCGCCCAAAUUCUACCAUUUCUCUCUCAAGAACAUCAACAGCAAGUCGCGACUGCCGUUGAAAGGGCAAAGCAGAUUACGGUGACUGAAUUAAAUAACAUUGUAGGACAACAGAGGCAAGACAUACCGCGGAUUCUUCAGCAAAUGCACGCUCAGCAACUACCACCGGCGGCGGCGAUAGCCGCUCAUCCGGGUCUACCUGGACUUCCCGGAUUGGGGCCAGCUGGCGGGCUUCCGGUGCCGACUUCCGCGUCCGCGGCUUUGCUCGGCCUCGGCCUGACACCCGGGGCGGUCGCCGCGAACCCAGGCGCGACCGCCGCCGCGCAUUCCCUGUCAAUGCUUGGCAAGCAGGAUAUCCAUCGCGGUCAGCCGGAUGAUCUCAAGAGCAAUGGCGGUCUAAGCUCGACGGAGGAGAGACACAGAGGCUCGAUAUCGCCAGCCGACAAAUACAGCCGGUCACGUACACCACAAGAGGCCACUCACACUCAUCAUUCUCACCACUCUCAUCACUCGCAUAAUCAUCAGGAUCACCCGAUAAAGAAAAUGAAGAAGGAAGAUAAGGAUGUGGUGCUCAGUGACGGCGAGAAGAGUGACCAGGAUCUAAUCGUGGAUGACGCAAGCGAUGGCCCGCCGAGUCCAAUGGCAAAUGGCACGUCGUCGCCACGCGAGAACGGCCUCGAUAAGGCAUCCUCGAUAACGGUGCCGUCGUUAGGAUCCACCGGCGUGCAAACAUCAAAGAGGGACGCAAUCGUGGCGCCGUCGCACUCGCCCAGAAGCGGCACCAGUAGCAAUGCGAGCACGCCAUCGGCUAAGAAGAUGGAGGAUCGUGAGAAAUCAUCGACGCCGAUCUCCAAGCCGUUGACGCCGACGUCGGGAUCGGCAACGAUGAUCGGCAGCGGUGGGAUAAAGACGCCGUCAGUCUCCAGUAAAAUGUUGCAUCAGGCUCCACCGGUACUGCCUAGUUCUGUGCCGCCACCGACCGCCGCUUACCCAGGUGCGUUGCAUUAUCCACCUCCUGGCCCGCCGCCGCCUCAUAAUCUCGUGCCGACCGCGCACGGCCAACAUCCGCAUAUCGAUGUUAUGGCUUACAACGGUUAUGCGACACCCAGGCCGCCUUCCACGUUACAACUAUAUGACCCACACGCGGCUAUAAGGACUUCAGUGGGAUCCAUCGCCGUACCCGGAGGCAAAACCGCGUAUAGCUACCAUGUGCUCGACGGUCAGAUGCAACCGUCGCCUUUCCCGCAGGAUGCUCUCACCGGUCCAGGCAUUCCGCGUAACGCGCGUCAGAUUAACACCUUGAAUCACGGCGAGGUAGUCUGUGCGGUGACCAUCUCGAAUCCGACCAAGUACGUUUACACUGGCGGUAAGGGUUGCGUCAAAGUCUGGGACAUCGCUCAGACAAGUAUGAGCAACGUGAAGCCAGUCUCGCAGCUCGACUGUCUGCAACGCGACAACUAUAUCAGGUCGGUCAAGUUACUUCCGGAUGGAAGGACGUUAAUAGUCGGCGGUGAGGCGAGUCAACUAAGUAUUUGGGACCUGGCCAGCCCGACGCCGAGGAUCAAGGCUGAACUAACAUCCUCAGCACCGGCAUGCUACGCCUUGGCAAUAUCGCCAGAUUCAAAGGUGUGCUUCAGCUGCUGCAGCGACGGACACAUCGCUGUAUGGGAUCUACAUAAUCAAGUGCUGCUCAGACAAUUCCAGGGCCACACGGACGGCGCCUCAUGCAUAGAUAUUUCCGCCGACGGUUUGAAACUUUGGACGGGGGGUCUCGACAAUACCGUCCGCUCCUGGGACCUCCGCGAAGGCAGACAACUGCAGCAACACGACUUUUCGUCACAGAUAUUCUCCCUCGGCUAUUGUCCCACCGGCGAAUGGUUGGCGGUCGGAAUGGAGAACUCGCACGUCGAAGUGUUACAUGCUACGAAACCGGACAAGUAUCAAUUGCAUCUGCACGAAUCUUGCGUAUUGUCGUUGAGAUUCGCCUCCUGUGGUAAAUGGUUCGUUUCUACGGGAAAGGACAACUUAUUGAGUGCAUGGCGUACUCCUUUCGGAGCAUCGUUAUUCCAGUCUAAGGAAUCCUCAUCGGUGCUCAGUUGCGACGUAUCGACGGAUGACAAGUACAUCGUCACUGGUUCGGGCGACAAGAAGGCCACCGUUUAUGAGGUCAUGUACUCAUGAAGCGUUAUCAACUGACUGUCCCUUGGAAACGAAGCGCUUAUAAAAGUAUGACAGUGUUAUUGCUCUUUUCAUUAUCGUUGUUAUUCGUUCAUUGACAGGAAAGUGAGAUCAAAGCCAAACGGAAGCGAUAGAUUAUUUGAUAGAUUUUUAACAAUCGCACAAUUGCAGCAGAAUAAAAAUUUUAAAACGUGCUAGAGAAACAUAUGUUUUGACGGGCUGAAAAUAACAAUUAUUUGAAGAACUUUUUUUUUUUGCGAUAAAUAUAUUUUUCGGAUUACAAAAUGCAAAAAUUGCCGUCUCUUUCUUUUUUUCAUGAAUAUAGAAUUUGCUGAAGUAAAUAAAAAUAUAUAAUAUUGAAUCGAGUACUAUGCAAACUACUAUAGCAAGAUUUGAGUACAUCACUUGCGAGUUAAUGUUUGGGAUCGUUAUUUAUAGAUUCUACUGCCGGUUGUUUUAUACACAGAGUGAAUCUAUUUCAGAUUGGAAUCUAUUUCGCUUGGCGCGUAUGAUCGCUCUUUGAUUGUGAUUAUUCUUGUCCCUCUUAUAUUUGUACAUAUUUUGUAAAUAGCAUGUCUUAAUUAUAUCAUGAUAUUUUUCUACUACCCUUAAGAGUGAGAUGAAGGCGUACAUGAAAAGAAAAAAAUUGUAAAUAUAUAAAAAUUAAGAAUUUCACAGAGGUGGAGUGCAAAAAUCCAUCUCAAUAAAUGACGUAUGAUAAUUAAAAUAAAACAAU